UAUUGAUUUGAUCAUUUGUUCUUUAACUGUCCGUAGGGGGGCCAACUGCGUUACAAGAGUGAAACCUGUUGCCUACAUUACCCAUAAUGCAGCUUGGCCACCGAGUGAAAUCACCGGAAUCGUUUUAUCAGCGUCCUUAUCUAAGACUCGAGAAAGCCUCCCGUUUUGCUGUAUCUCUUGAAGCUACCCGGUACCGGCCGCUAGGUGGAGCUGUAAAGUAACGUGUGCCCGGUGCUACACAGGCGCCAGCACCGUGUGGCCUCUGCUCCAGCUCAAACAGAGCCCAGCCCCCCACACGCCAAACCAGCCUGCCUCGGCUCAACAAGGGGAGGGAUGCGCGGCUGUUGCUGAAGCUCCUACUCGCGCUGCUGGCGUUUUACCUACGUCGUACUGAAGCAACAGUCACCGGGCAGUUUCUUUGACGUCUUCUGGGAUGUUGCCACUACACACGACUGGCCUGUUGAGAAGGUGUUUCCGUAGCUUUCCUUGUACCAGCGUUAGCUAACACAGCUAGGCACAAAGACGUCCAGUCAGCUUCUAGCCGUUGUUAGCUAACGGCAACUAGCUUGCUAACAACACAACCGGUGAGGACGAGCACAUCCUUGCGAAGUCAUACGCGGGUUAAUCUGUGCCGACCCGCUCCGUGGGCUAUGUUGGCUGCUUCGUGAGAGAGAUUCGCCUGUGACUUGAAUCGAGUGGUCGUAUUAGCAGUCGACACUCAUGUCUAGGACACUUCGAGCAACAUAUCUGCAUUGCUGGGUCGUUGGCUGCAUGAUCUUCAGCUAGCCACGGCAGAGCGUCGGUCUUGGAGGGAUGGUGGCAGUAGCAAAACAAGCUAACUCCGUCUGAGUGCAAGAAGUGAGGAAACACUACAGCCGAGUGGGAGUUUUUGGUUUUGUUUAUGUUAAUUGCAAUUCCGGGGUGGAUGACGGGAGGACCGACCUGACAACCCUUGAACGCUGUCGGAGCUGAAACUGGGAAUAUCGCUAACAGAUCGAAGGGAUUAUUGUUGUGCCUCUAAGUGGAUUUCGGCCUCCCGUUCAGGAUCGUCGUGGGAACACAGUAAGUGAUUUGACAUUGAGUGAGCCCACUCCCUCAAAAAAAAAAAAAAGACCCGCUCUCCCCUCGCCGACCUUCAUCCUCCGAUGCGGAGAUUUCAGUAGCACCGGCAACCAAAUCCCCCCACGGCGGCCGGAGAUGCUGAAGUGUAUCCCCCUGUGGCGCUGCAACCGCCACGUCGAGUCGGUGGACAAGCGGCAUUGCAGCUUGCAGACAGUCCCUGAUGAGGUGUACCGCUACAGUCGCAGCCUGGAAGAGCUUCUCCUCGAUGCCAAUCAACUCAAAGAGCUACCAAAGCCUUUCUUCAGACUACUGAACCUCCGGAAGCUCGGCCUGAGUGACAAUGAGAUCCAGAGACUCCCUCCUGAGGUGGCUAACUUCAUGCAGCUGGUGGAACUGGACAUCUCCAGAAAUGACAUUCCUGAGAUCCCUGAGAGCAUUAAGUUCUGCAGGGCUUUGGAGAUUGCAGACUUCAGUGGAAACCCCCUGUCCAGAUUGCCAGAUGGCUUCACUCAACUCCGAGCGCUGGCUCACUUGGCACUCAACGACGUGUCAUUGCAGACGUUGCCCAACGACAUUGGGAACCUAGCCAACCUGGUGACGUUGGAGCUCAGGGAGAACCUGCUGAAGUCUCUGCCCACGUCGCUCUCUUUCCUGGUGAAACUGGAACAGCUGGACCUGGGCAGCAAUGAACUGGAAGUUUUGCCGGAUACCCUUGGUGCUCUCCCCAACCUGAGGGAGCUAUGGCUGGACCGUAACCAGUUGUCCUCAUUACCACCAGAGCUGGGGAACCUCCGGAGACUGGUGUGUCUGGAUGUGUCAGAGAAUCAUCUGGAGGAGCUUCCCUCAGAGCUAAACGGCCUUCUGGCUCUCACUGACCUGCUGCUCACACAGAACCUGCUGGAGGUCGUCCCAGACAGCAUAGGCUGCCUGAAACAGCUGUCCAUCUUAAAGGUGGACCAGAACAGACUGACCGACCUCACUGAUUCAAUAGGAGAGUGUGAAAACCUCACAGAACUCGUCUUGACAGAGAAUCUUUUACAGUCACUUCCUCGCUCGCUGGGCAAGCUGAAGAAGCUGACCAACCUGAAUGUAGACCGCAACCGUUUGGGCAGCGUGCCCAAAGAGCUGGGCGGCUGUGCCAGCCUCAACGUUCUCUCUCUGAGAGACAACCGUCUGGGAAAACUGCCUGCUGAGCUUGCAGAUGCCACUGAGCUGCAUGUGCUGGAUGUAGCUGGAAACAGAUUACAAAACCUGCCUUUCGCUUUGACAAACCUCAAUCUGAAGGCCAUGUGGCUCGCAGAGAACCAGUCACAGCCGAUGCUCAAGUUCCAAACAGAGGACGACGAGCGAACAGGAGAGAAGGUGUUGACCUGCUAUUUACUACCCCAGCAGCCUUCUCCAAGCCUAGAGAACUUGUUGCAGAACAGUGUGGAUGACAGUUGGACAGACAGUAACCUGAACCGAGUGUCAGUCAUUCAGUUCCAGGAGGAGACCAAAGCUGAGGAGGAGGAUGAUGAGGCUGCUGCAGAGCGCAGAGGCCUUCAGCGAAGAGCCACACCGCACCCGAGUGAACUGAAGGUGAUGAAGAAAGUGAUCGAGGAGAGGAGGAAUGAGGCCUAUACAUCCAGACCUGAUGGAGAAGAAGAGGGCCUUGAUGCACAGGAGAAGCGGCUCAGUGACCUGUCCAAUCAGAGCCAUGACUCUCAGGUCUCUAAUAGCACACUAUCAGCCACCUCUCACGAGGACAGACACAACACUGCUGCUGUCACACGGAGGGAGGAUCUCAUAGAUGGCCACUCUCCUCAGGAGGAGGAAGAGCUGGAUGAGAUGGAGGUGGAGUACAUUGAGCCCACUGUGCACUUUGCCGAGGAGCCCAUUAUCCGUGGCGGGGAUGAGGAAGAUGAGGAGGACGGUGAAGAUGGCGAGAGGAGCGAAGAGGAAGACGAGAGGCCUGCCUUUCCCAUGGAGAAGCAGCGUCUUAUUAGGAAAGACACGCCACACUACAAGAAGCACUUCAAGAUCACCAAGCUGCCCAAGCCCGAGGCGGUGGCCGCGUUGCUGCAGGGCUUCAGUCCGGAUGGCCUUAACUCCCCGACACAGGCCACCCAGGACGAGCAGGACGAGGAGGAAGACGAUGUUCUGUGCACCCCUCAGCACCAUCACAGAAUGGAGGAGCUUGGGGACAGUCGGCUCCAGGUCAACAGCAGUCAAGUCAAGGGGGUGUCAUUUGAUCAAGUCAAUAAUCUGCUGAUUGAACCUGCUCGAAUUGAGGAGGAAGAGCACACCCUGAACAUCCAGCGACAAACAGGCGGACUGGGUAUCAGCAUUGCAGGAGGGAAAGGAUCUACACCUUACAAAGGAGAUGACGAGGGAAUCUUCAUCUCCAGAGUUUCUGAGGAGGGUCCUGCAGCCAGAGCAGGGGUGAAAGUGGGAGACAAACUCCUAGAGGUCAAUGGAGUGGACCUCCAUGAGGCAGAACAUCACACAGCAGUUGAAGCUCUCCGUAGCUCCGGCGCCACAGUUUCCAUGACGGUGCUGCGGGAGCGUAUGGUGGAGCCAGAGAACGCCAUCACUACAACGCCGCUGAGGCCGGAGGAUGACUAUUUCCCACGGGAGAGACGGAGCAGCGGACUUGCCUUCAACUUGGAGACAACUCCUAGCGGGCCCCACCAGCGGCUCUCCACCUGCCUGAUCCGAAACGACAAGGGGCUGGGAUUCAGCAUCGCAGGGGGCAAAGGCUCCACACCCUACCGUACUGGAGACACGGGAAUCUACAUCUCUCGCAUCGCAGACGGAGGAGCAGCACACAGAGACAGCACACUGCAUGUUGGCGACAGGGUGAUCUCUAUCAAUGGUGUAGACAUGACAGAGGCCAGGCAUGACCAGGCAGUAGCGCUCCUUACCGGCACCUCCCCCACCAUCGCCCUCCUGGUGGAGCGAGACCCGAACGCACCAGGGGGCUCUCCAGGUCAAUCCCGGGCACGAGCCCACUCCCCUCCACCCCCAGAACCCUCAGAUUCACCCGACCAGGAGGAGGAGGGCCUCCUUCACGGGAACCACCUGAACCAAAUGGAGGACGAGUAUCCCAUCGAGGAAGUGACCCUGGUGAAGUCAGGUGGCCCUCUAGGCCUGAGCAUCGUAGGAGGUAGUGAUCAUGCCAGUCACCCUUUCGGCGUAAAUGAACCCGGGGUUUUUAUCUCAAAGGUGAUUCCUCACGGUCUUGCAUGCCAAAGUGGACUGCGUGUUGGUGACCGAAUAUUAGAAGUGAACGCCAUCGACCUGCGUCACGCCACCCACCAGGAAGCCGUGCGAGCCCUGCUGGCCAACAAGCAGGAAAUCCGUAUGUUAGUGCGGAGGGACCCAUCACCACCCGGGAUGCAGGAAAUUUUGAUCCAGAAACAGCCAGGGGAGAAGCUUGGCAUCAGUAUUCGUGGAGGGGCCAAAGGUCAUGCAGGAAACCCGUUUGACCCAACAGAUGAAGGCAUCUUCAUCUCUAAGGUGAGUUCCAGCGGUGCCGCAGCGAGAGACGGCAGGCUGCAGGUUGGCAUGCGUAUCCUGGAAGUGAACAACCACAGUCUGCUGGGGAUGACGCAUACGGAGGCAGUACGAGUCCUCCGUGCUGUAGGAGACACCCUGGGCAUGCUGGUGUGUGACGGCUUUGACCCACAGAAAGUGGCUGCUGUGGAGUCUUCUCCUGGCAUCAUUGCCAACCCGUUUGCAACAGGCAUCGUCCGUAAGAACAGCAUGGAAAGCAUCUCUUCUAUAGACCGAGACCUGAGUCCAGAGGAGAUCGACAUCAUGCAGAAGGAAUCUGAGAUGGUGAGAGAGACAUCGCAGUGGGAGCGAGAAGAGAUGGAGAAAGUGGAGCGAAUGCGAUUGGAGCGAGAGGAGGCAACUCGCCUGCUAGAAGAGGAGACUGAGAACAUUGGCACUGGACCUCUAAAACUUGACUACAAAACCCUGGCGGCACUGCCCACCACCAGUCUGCAGAAACUCAACAGGGCGCCUUCCUCUGAUUACACCAGGACGGAGAGCCCGAUCAGGGAAGCUCCGUACUCUCCUACUAUCCAACCGGCAAACAUUCAUUACAGCUCCACUCCUACUGCCAAGGAUGACACGUCAUCAUCAACGCGACCGGGUGCCAUCCAGCCAGUCGGGCGCGUGCGGCAGACCUCCUCCCCUGCCACCCCGGACGGCCACAGUCCGAACCCUUUCCAGCAUGGCCCCUCCCCCUUCAACUCCCAGACCUCUCCUCGCGCCCCCUCCCCCACCUCGCCCGACGAGUUCCCCAUGAAUGUCAAGCAGGCAUACAAGGCGUUUGCCGCCGUGCCUCGCUCACUGGCAGUGCUGGAGCCGCCGCAGGACCUGUACAGUGUGAGGAACAAUUUCCACCCAAAGCAGCCAUCUCCAGAGCCUGAGUUGAUCAACGAGGUGUUUGAUGAUGACAUAGAGGGUAAGGGUCUGGCCGGCAAGCUCUCUCCCCGUCGGGAGUAUUUGAACCUGGCAGCAGUGCCUCGCUUCUCCAGGCCGUCCAUGGAGCUGCAGUUCCUGCAGAGUCCUUCUCCUAGUGGUAAGGCCAGCCCAGAGCAGCGCUCUUUCAGGGACCGACAGAAGUAUUUUGAGAUUGACGUGAAGCAGCAGACACCAGAAAAACCCAAACCUCGGGUAUCUCUUGUUGGAGAAGAUGACCUCAAGAAAAUGAGAGAGGAAGAAGAGAGGAAGUUUGAGCAGCGAGCGCGGGAGUAUUUGUUGGAUGAAGAUGAUGAGGAUGAUGAGGAGGACCUGGCUAAGCAGGUAGCGCAGAUGAAGGCCUCUGGCAAAGUGUUGCUGGAUGGCGUGGAGUACAAGGUGGAGCCAGUAUCCACCCCGACGCAGCACUGCUCCACCCCACCAAGCUACAAUGUCACACCACCCAGCUAUUGUGGCAGCUCAGGGCCUUCCUCUGUUGAUGGCAAAGGAGACUCUCAGAGGAAUUCACUGGAGGACAGCUUCAGGCUGGAGCAGAGGCCCAACUCAAUGACUGGUUUGAUCCCAAUGUACCAAGCGGACUCGUCGGCCCCCAUCCGCACAGCCAAAGCAGAGCGCAGACAUCAAGAGAGACUUCGUAUGCAGAGCCCCGAGCUGGCUGUGGCCCCUGACAAGGACCUGUCCCCUGCAGAGAAACGAGCUCUGGAGGCUGAGAAGAGAGCCAUGUGGAGGGCAGCACGGCCCUAUGGCCUAGAGGAGGAUGUUAAGCAGUAUGAGCAGGACCUGGCUAAGAGGCUCUACCAGGCCCGAGUGAGGGCAUCUCAGGGCACGCCCGAGGCCCCCCAGCCCCCCACCUCCUCUACCUCCUCCUCUGCAGCCUCCCAGCUCAGAAUGAAGUCUCUGGAGCAGGAUGCACUGAAAGCUCAGAUGGUCAUCGCCAAGUCUCGGGACGGGAAGAAACGCGGCACACUAGACCAGCUGACGGAGUCGCCCUCGCCUGCCCCCACACCUUCACCAACACCCGUGGAAGAGCUCAGUCCUCGAGGACUAACCUCUCCAGGCAGGCUGUCCCUGUCGUCAAAGAAGUUUGACUACCGACAGUUUGCUGCCAUUCCUUCUUCCAAACCCGUAUACGACAUCCAGUCCCCCGACACAGUCGAUGACUUGCAGUUCAUCGACGACGGCUCCAGUAACCCAGGGCCCGCUGCGAGCCCUGAGGCUGAGGUAACCACCGCGCUGCCUGCCACCUCAGCCCUGGAGGAGAUGGCUUUAUACAGCAACAAGCGCAAACUGAGGCAGGGCCGCCGCAGCCUGGAAACCGCUGUGCCCACGUAACACACCUCCCACCGAGAGAAGAAAUCUGAAGACACGUUUAAAUACACUGUGGAACACUGGUAACAUGUGGGUGCAUCCACGGGAGGUGCAGAGUCACUAAACACUACAGUGACAGUAGAGCCUGAUUUACUCUACCAUAUAUAACCACUGCAGAGACUACGAUAGUCACCACACAUACACACUCACUUAUAUCCUGCGUGCCAGUCUUGCCUAUACAGUCUGUGGAUGAGUUGGCAAGUCACUCAACAGUCCUUAAAGGGCGAGGAAAAGCUAGUGUGGGUAGAUAGGAUUGCUUCUUACAGAUCAUUCUUCUUUUUUUUGUUCCACACUUGGUUUACCUGGUAGAAGCUGAUCGAUUUUAAAAAAAGGAGUGAUCGAAGGUUUUAGUUUUUUUAAUUGUUUUCGCACCUCGAAUGAUUUUGCUGUUUAAAAAAAAACAAAAAAAAAAACACACAUACUGGAAGAGAAAAGAAAUGGGUCAUAGCUAUACUAACGAUAUUUUUUAGGCUUUCAGUGAAUAGAUUGUAAAAUGUCAGGGCUUUCUUGAGCGGACAGGAGUGUAUAUAUUAAUCGAGGAGGGAACAUCCUGCUACCUUCACAGUCACAUUGUGGAGAGCUUUUUAAAGAAAACAAUACAUAUCUUUCUCUUUUUUUGCACUGCCACUGAUCAGCUUUUUACAAUGUAUAUCUUUAGUAAUUUAUUGUUUUUAUGCUUUUACUCAAAUUGAAGGCCUUCUUUUUUAACCCAUCCACUUCUUUUGGGCAUACAGAACACAAAAGAUGCUUAUAUAACUUAUCAUUUAAAACAUUUCAGUGAUAGUUAUGGCUUCCUACUAAUGAACUGCAUAUCACUUUAUAUCAUUGAGUCUACUUUAUAUACACUUAUGAAUACCCCUGAAGGUUUUGAGAGAAGCAAAUCUACAAAGUACAGCUGUGUUACAUUCCUCUUGUAGAUGACAUGACUACACUGGAGGCAGCACCAUUGAACUGUCAGUUUUACAGAAACUGUUUAGAACAUCAGUUUGGCAACAUGCAUUUUUACCAUCACUUAAUAAUUAACGGUACUUUCCCUGCCCUCUUCAGAGUAUUUGUUUUUUUUAUUUAACCAAUGUGAAUCAUUAAUGUCUAUCCUGGAAAUAUGGAGUUGGAGUUGUUCCAGAGUGAUGUGAAGGUAGCAGGUGUUUUUAUUAUUCUGUCUAUGGUUAAUUUAAAUCUGAUGCCACUGAAAAAAAUCAUUUAUUAUUGUGUGAAUAAUGUACAAAUAGUGAAAGCAAAGCAAACUUUGGGUUUGAAAUUGAGCCAGUCUUGACCUAGACCCAAGCGAGUGUCUGAUGUGUCUGGGUUGGGACAGGCUUGGUAUCGGGACGCUCUCUGCGUGUAUAUUAGUUUGUUAAUGGGAGAGCUGACAGAGGCAGAACCGAUUAGAAAACCCUUCUCAAGACAUUGAUCUCAUUCAAUUCACUGCUUGACACACUGUCAGUAAAUGUAUCUGAUGGGUAUUUUCGCAGAAUCACAGCAUAGUAGCAUUUGUGUUAAUUUAAUGUAGGGUCUUCUAAUGAUAGCUUUCCAUGUUGCUCUCACUGACUGAAAUUCAGUUUGUUUGAUAACAUUUGUAAUGGCUGAUAUCUCCUUUUUUUUUAAAAAAAAACUUACAGUAGGUAAAUCUUUUUUUCAGAUGGGUUUCACUACAUUAUUAAUGCAGUGUUUCACGGUUUUUUGCGUUCAUUCUUCUGUCUCGAGUUCUCUUUGGGGGCUUUUACUUGCAAAUAGGUUGGAGGGGAAAGGGUCAGAGGUCCUAGGGUCAAGGGUUAGAGCUCAUACAAGACUGUAACUAGUGAAUUUGUACAACCAAAGAAGUCUAUUUUGUGGUUCAGGAAUAAUAAAUUUUACUUUUCAUUUAAGAAGCUGA